CAAACAGAGAAACCGCCAUCACGGCAUCACCUGAGCAGCUGAGCUUCCAUUGAUUCAUUCGCUGUACAUACUAUUAUUAUACGUACAUAAACAAAGUUAAUUUCCGCCAUAAAGCUAGAGAAAAGUUGCACGCUUUUACCAGAAUUCGAUCAUCGCCCAAAUACUUUGUCUUCUUUUUCUUCUAAUCUUCUUUGUUGUCGUCGUCGUCGUCGUCAUCGGAGGCUGAAAUCUCUGGAGCUCCCACUUAGACGCGAGUUCCGAUCCGGUUCCGUGGCUGAAUGUGAGGCGAUCGAUAUACUCGGAGCUUGUUCAAAUGGCAUCAACUGUCAACAUUACUGUAGGUUCUCAUGUCUGGGUUGAGGACCCUCAAUUGGCAUGGAUAAAUGGAGAAAUAGUCAAAAUUGAUGGUCAAAAUGUACAUGUUAAUACUACAAACGAUAAAAAGGUUGUUGCAAACAUCUCUAAGGUGUUCCCCGAGGACACUGAAGCACCUCCUGGUGGUGUAGAUGAUAUGACUAAACUAUCUUAUCUUCAUGAACCUGGAGUUCUUCAAAACCUUGCUGCCAGAUACGAACUAAAUGAAAUAUAUACAUACACUGGAAAUAUUUUAAUUGCAGUAAACCCCUUCCAAAGAUUACCUCAUCUUUAUGAUAUUCACAUGAUGGAACAAUAUAAUGGAGCAACAUUAGGAGAGUUGAGUCCUCACGUAUUUGCAGUUGCUGAUGUUGCAUUUAGAGCCAUGAUUAAUGAAGGAAAGAGCAACUCAAUUUUGGUCAGUGGAGAAAGUGGUGCUGGUAAGACAGAAACCACUAAGAUGCUUAUGAGAUACCUUGCACAUCUGGGAGGUAGGUCAGGGGUUGAAGGACGUACUGUAGAGCAGCAAGUUUUAGAAUCAAAUCCUGUCCUUGAGGCAUUUGGAAAUGCUAAAACUGUGAGGAAUAACAACUCAAGUCGCUUCGGUAAAUUUGUUGAGAUACAAUUUGAUAAGAAGGGAAGGAUAUCAGGUGCAGCUGUACGGACAUAUCUUCUGGAGAGAUCUCGUGUUUGCCAAAUUUCAAAUCCUGAAAGAAACUACCACUGCUUUUAUCUUCUUUGUGCGACGCCUGAGGAGAAAAAAAGAUAUAAGUUGGGAAGCCCAAACGAAUUUCAUUAUCUCAACCAGUCCAAUUGUUAUGAGCUUGAUGGAGUGAAUGACGCUGAUGAGUACCUUGCAACAAGAAGGGCUAUGGAUAUAGUUGGAAUCAGUGAGGGAGAACAGGAGGCAAUUUUUAGGGUGGUUGCUGCAAUUCUUCAUCUUGGUAAUGUUGAUUUUGCAAACGGGCAAGAGAUUGACUCCUCUGUAAUUAAGGAUGAGAAAUCUAGGUUUCAUCUUAAUAUGACAGCUGAUUUGCUCAAGUGUGAUGCCAAGAGCUUGGAAGAUGCACUAAUUAAACGUGUGAUGGUCACACCUGAGGAGGUUAUUACAAGGACUCUUGACCUAGAGGCUGCAUUGAGUAGCAGGGAUGCUUUGGCCAAAACAUUAUAUUGUCGCCUUUUUGACUGGAUUGUACAGAAAAUAAACAUUUCAAUUGGACAGGAUCCUAACUCAACGUCAACAAUAGGAGUUCUUGAUAUUUAUGGAUUCGAAAGUUUUAAAACCAACAGUUUUGAGCAAUUCUGUAUCAAUUUUACAAAUGAAAAACUACAACAACAUUUUAAUCAGCAUGUAUUUAAGAUGGAACAAGAAGAAUAUGAAAAGGAAGAGAUUAACUGGAGCUACAUUGAGUUUGUUGAUAACCAAGAUGUGCUGGAUCUCAUUGAGAAGAAACCUGGAGGAAUCAUUGCACUCUUAGAUGAAGCUUGCAUGUUCCCCAAAUCUACUCAUGAAACAUUUUCUCAAAAACUGUACCAGACAUUCGUGAAAAACAAUCGCUUCAUCAAACCCAAACUUUCUCGUACUAGUUUUACAAUAUCACACUAUGCAGGGGAGGUGAAUUAUCAAGCAGAUCUAUUUUUGGAGAAGAACAAAGACUAUGUGGUUGCAGAGCAUCAGGAGCUGUUAACAGCUUCAAAGUGCUCAUUUGUGGCUGGUUUAUUUCCACCACUUCCUGAAGAAGCAUCAAAAUCCUCCAAGUUUUCUUCUAUUGGAACACGAUUCAAGCUACAACUGCAGUCUUUAAUGGACACCUUGAAUUCAACAGAGCCUCACUAUAUCAGAUGUGUCAAACCAAAUAAUGUCCUCAAACCUGCUAUUUUUGAGAACUCGAACGUGAUUCAUCAAUUGCGAUGUGGUGGUGUUCUUGAAGCUAUCAGAAUCAGCUGCGCUGGGUACCCCACUAGACGCACAUUUUAUGAAUUUCUUCUUAGAUUUGGUGUUCUUGCUCCAGAAGUUUUAUCAGGGAAUCAUGAUGACAAGGUUGCAUCUCAGAUGAUUCUGGAAAAAAUGGAAUUAAAAGGUUAUCAGAUAGGGAAAAACAAGGUCUUCCUGCGGGCUGGUCAGAUGGCUGAGCUUGAUGCCAGAAGGGCAGAGGUACUUGGAAAUGCAGCCAGGAUUAUCCAAGGGCAAAUACGCACAUACAUUAGACGAAAGGAAUUCAUUGCAUUGCGUCAAGCGGCAGUUCAAUUGCAAUCAUGUUGGCGAGCUAUGCUGGCUUGCAAACUGUAUGGGCAAUUGAGACGUGAAGCAGCAGCUCUAAAGGUUCAGAAGAACUUCCGAUGUUAUGUUGCAAGGAAAUCAUACUCAACAUUGCGUUGUUCUGCAAUUACAUUGCAAACAGGCAUGAGAGCAAUGGUUGCUCAUGAAGAACAUAGACUCAGGAAGCAAACUAAAGCUGCAAUUAAAAUCCAGGCUCAUUUCCGUUGCCACAGAGCUUAUUCUUACUAUAAAAGUCUUCAGAGGGCUGCUAUUGUCACUCAGUGUGGUUGGAGGCAACGAGUUGCUAGGAAAGAGCUCCGAAAGCUCAAAAUGGCUGCAAGAGAGACAGGUGCCCUCAAAGAAGCAAAAGACAAGCUUGAAAAGAAAGUGGAAGAACUUACAUGGCGCUUGCAGCUUGAGAAGAGAUUAAGGACUGAACUAGAGGAGACAAAAGCCCAAGAAACAGCCAAGUUCCAGGAGGCAUUGCAUGCAUUGCAAAUGCAAGUAGACGAAGCAAAUGUGAGAAUUAUACAAGAAAGGGAGGCUGCACAAAAAGCAAUAGAAGAAGCACAACCUGUGAUUAAGGAGACCCCUGUCAUAGUUCAAGACACAGAAAAGAUAAAUGCCUUGACAACAGAAGUUGAGAGGUUGAAGGAUUCACUGCUAUCAGAAAAGCAUGCUGCAGAAGAGGCAAAGAAGGCUUGUACAGAUGCAGAGGCCAGGAAUGCUGAAGUUAUGAACAAACUUGGUGAUGCAGAGCGAAAAAUUGAUCAACUUCAAGAUUUUGUACAGAGGCUUGAAGAGAAGCUUUCAAAUAGCACAUCAGAGAACCAAGUACUUCGCCAACAAGUUCUUACCAUGUCACCGACUGAAAAAAUUAUAUCUAUACAACCAAAAACACCUAUUGUUCAGAGAACUCCUGAAAAUGGAAAUGUAAUGAGUGGAGCAGCAAAGGUUAUUCAUCGUAUGGAUCUGGCAGUAUCAAGUCCAAAGGAGCCAACUUCUGAGGGAAAACCACAGAAGUCUCUCAAUGAAAAGCAGCAAGAGAAUCAGGACUUACUGAUAAAGUGUAUUUCACAAGACCUUGGAUUUCCUGGAGGCAAACCAGUCACUGCUUGUGUCAUAUACAAAUGCUUACUUCAUUGGAGGUCAUUUGAAGUUGAAAGAACUAGUGUUUUUGACCGUAUAAUACAAACCAUAGCUUCAGCCAUAGAGGCUGCGGAUAGUAAUGGUGUUUUAGCUUACUGGCUAUGCAAUACAUCCACAUUGUUGAUGUUGCUCCAGCAAACACUUAAAGCAAGUGGCACUUCAAGUUUUACUUCACAACGACGGAGGUCACAAUCAGCUGCUUUUUUGGGGAGGAUGCCACAAGGCUUACGAGCUUCCGCACAGAGGGCUGGGCUUUCCUUUCUCAAUGGGCGUACACUUGGGAGAAUGGAUGAUUUACGUCAAGUUGAGGCCAAAUAUCCUGCUUUGCUGUUCAAGCAGCAGCUCACUGCCUUUCUAGAAAAAAUAUAUGGAAUGAUAAGAGACAAUUUGAAGAAAGAGAUCUCCCCUUUGAUUAGUUUAUGUAUUCAGGCACCAAGAAGCUCCCGUGCAAGUUUAGUUAAAGGACGAUCCCAUGUUAAUGAUGCUGCCCAACAAGCUCUGAUUGGUCACUGGCAGAGAAUUGUAAAAAGUCUAGACAACAACAUGAAGAUAAUAAAAGCAAACUAUGUUCCUCCCUUCUUGAUUAGGAAGGUCUUUAACCAAAUAUUCUCAUUUAUCAAUGUUCAACUUUUCAACAGUCUCCUUUUGAGACGCGAGUGUUGCUCAUUCAGUAAUGGGGAGUACGUAAAAUCUGGGUUAGCCGAAUUGACGAAGUGGUGCAACUAUGCAACAGAAGAAUAUGUAGGCUUGGCAUGGGAUGAAUUGAAGCAUAUCAGAGAGGCUGUUGGGUUCCUCGUUGUACACCAGAAGCCCAAAAAGACCUUGCAUGAAAUAACAACCGAACUUUGUCCUGUACUCAGCAUACAACAACUGUAUAGGAUCAGUACAAUGUAUUGGGAUGACAAGUAUGGAACACGUAGCGUUUCUUCAGAUGUCAUAUCAAGAAUGAAAGCUUUGAUGGCUGAGGACUCUAACAAUGCUGUCAGUAGUUCAUUUCUGUUGGACGACGAUUCAAGCAUUCCCUUCUCUGUGGAUGACAUAUCCAAAUCGAUACAAGUAGACGUUGGUGAAGUUGAGCCCCCACCUUUAAUUCGCGAAAAUGCAGGAUUCAUAUUCUUGCAUCAACGCUCUGGCUGAAACAAAACAAAUACACCAAUCAUCAAGUAACAUGCAAAAACUUGUGCAUAUACAUCCAUCGCGUUUGCAUAUAUAAUGCAUGUACAUGUAUUAAUAUUUGCUCCAACAACUCUCAUUCUCAGUUUGAUUAUUUUUUUUAUUUUUUAUGAGUUAUACUACCGUUAUUCUCUCUUCCUGCC